CAUUCCGGGAGCGAUUCACCUGCACCUCGUCGAAAACGUUGCACCUUCCGACAUAUUCUAACCUGCAAAAGUCACGUUUGACACGAUAUAGCAAAUCCAAACAAUAUAUCACUGCGCGAAAGUUUUAUUGUUUAUCUCAAUGUUUUGAAAAUAUCCACGACAGUUUUUACUGGAGUUAGCGGUUUAUUACGUGUCUAAUUUUUCAAACGCUCUCGCAACACGUUGCAACAACAGACCAAACAAGUUGCAAGAUUGGUUUUGUUAAAUAAACAUGCCUGCUCCGUGUAACGAUAUUAUCGAGGACAUCGAGGAUUUGAUCGCCUCGCAGGACUUAACGCCGAAGGAGCGAUACAGCUCCAGGAAGCGUGUCAUGAUACGGCCAAAACGAAAACAAGAACCAUAUGAGGCGCCGCAACCGACUGUUCUGUCGAGCAUAAUACCCGGCACACAGACGAUCUACGUGAAGACGUGGGGUUGUACACACAACACCUCGGACGCCGAGUACAUGAGCGGACUGUUGGCGGCAUACGGUUACAAUCUGUCUACUGACAAACACAAGGCUGAUCUUUGGUUGUUGAAUUCGUGCACUGUUAAAAGUCCUGCGGAGAGUCAGUUCAGAAAUGAGAUCGAGCAUGGAAAGAAGAUGGGAAAACACAUUGUGGUUGCAGGAUGUGUGCCACAAGGAGCUCCAAAAUCUUCCUUCCUUCAGGGACUGAGUAUAAUUGGAGUGCAACAAAUUGAUCGAGUGGUCGAAGUUGUGGAAGAAACCCUGAAAGGACACACAGUCAGACUUUUGCAUCAGAAGAAGAUGUUUGGCAAGAAGUUAGGUGGUGCUAUGCUGAGUCUUCCAAAAGUGCGGCGAAAUCCGCUUAUCGAAAUUAUAGCCAUCAACACUGGCUGCCUUAAUCAGUGUACUUACUGUAAGACAAAACACGCCCGGGGAGACCUGGGCAGUUAUCUGCCAGAGGAGAUAGUGGACCGAGCCAAGCAGGCUUUUGAGGAAGGCGUGUGCGAGUUAUGGCUCACGUCGGAGGACACGGGCGCUUACGGCUUAGACAUCGGUACCAAUUUGCCGAAACUGUUGUGGCAACUGGUGGAGGUGAUCCCUGAAGGUUGCAUGAUGCGCGUUGGCAUGACCAAUCCUCCUUACAUUCUGCAGCACUUGGACGAGAUGGCCAAGAUCCUGCGACAUCCCAGGGUCUAUAGUUUCUUGCAUAUUCCGGUGCAGUCGGGCAGUGACCAGGUGUUGUCGGACAUGAAGCGAGAGUAUACGCGAGCCGAGUUCGAGUACGUGGUGGACGUUCUGAGCGAGCAGGUGCCAGGUCUGACCGUCGCCACUGAUAUCAUCUGCGGCUUCCCGACAGAAACGGAGGCGGACUUUGAGGAAACAAUGACGCUCUGCCAGAAGUACCAGUUCCCGAGUCUCUUCAUCAAUCAAUUCUUCUCACGGCCCGGCACGCCCGCCGCCAGAAUGCCGAAGGUGCCCGCGCAGGAAGUAAAGAAAAGAACCAAGAGGUUGUGGGAGUUCUUCCACUCUUACGAACCGUUCUCUUACGUUCAGAAAAUAGGCCUGGUGGAGAAGGUGUUGGUGACAGAGGUGUCGCACGACAAAAAGUACUACGUGGGUCACAACAAGUUCUACGAACAGAUAUUGAUCCCCAUGAAGGAAAAGUACAUGGGAAAAAUGAUCAAUGUGAGAAUUUUGGGCGCGACGAAAUUUUCCAUGAUGGGAGAACCGAUUGACGAAGGUGUGUCUCCGGCAUUGAGGCCUCCCUUAUUACAAGGUACUGUCUCAGGAAUACCACGGGAAACAAAACUUUUGAAAUACACUUUCCUGAUGAUUAUACCGAUAUUCGCUGUAAUAUGUAGGAUAUUAUGGAUAUUUCUGACGUAGAAAUAUAGAAAAAUGUAGAAUUUAUAAUCUUUGAGACUACAUGUGGAAGGGAGGGAAACGUUUAUACAUACUAGACUGUACAGCAAAAUAAAUACAUGGAAUUCUACAUCCUCCGUGACAUAAAUACAUUAUUAAUAAAUAAAUAUUUAUUUAAUAUAAAAUACAUACACACAUGAGUCUCUUACUAUUAACGUUGUCAGUUUGGUGUAUCGGUACAUAUAACUGUGGAUAAAAAAACCAAAGAUCAAGAUUUAUGCAGAAAAAAAUAAUUAUAUUUAAUUGAUAGUACAAAAAAAACUAUAACCCUGAGCGGGCUUACAAAACGUUUCAAUUUUUUAAUUCACUGGAAACAGUUUUUAAACAUUUCUCUUACAAGACAAUCCUUUUCUAAAAUCAUUGUCUAACGCAAAAUUGAAUUUCUUCAAAAAAGAGAUAAAUACAUACAGAAAAAAAAAAAGAAAAGUAUUGAGCAUUUUCGUGCAUUUUUUGUGACACAGUAUAUAUAAAAUAUAUAAAAUCUUCAAGAGAAAUUAUUAUAAUUUCCUUAUGUGCUAAUUGUAUUACAUUUAAAAUAGUGUUUAUUCUUUCAUAUAUAAAAAUAUCAAAAUUUCUCUUAUUGCAUAUUAACGACGCACUUUAUUUGGUAUCACUUUCAUGUUUCUAUCUUUUUUUUUUUUUUUUUAAUAGUAGCUCAGACUGUGUGAAACAUGCAACGAAAUUCUCGCCAGAAUAUCUUCUGAGUAUUAAAUCUAUGAAUAAACAUUUUUGUGUAUAUUCAGAGAUAUCGAAAAUCAGAAUACUUAUAUAAGCAAAAUCAUUGGGACAAGUAAGGACCGCAUUCAUACAGUUCCAUGUCCGUGCCAUAUUUUGAUUGAGGCAACAAACAAAAUUUGUUACCAUGUUUUUAAAUGUAACAACUUGUACAUUACGUGCCCGUUUUUUCGUUUGUGCCUACACUAUCAAUUUCUAACUUCCGAUAUUUUUUCUACAGAUUUUUCGGAAAUCGUAAUAUUCUUUCUGUUCUUAGAAGAAUAAUAAGCGCAAUUUUUAUAAUGCAGCAUAAUAAUUAUACUACACAAUACGUUAAAAAAUUUCAAAUUUUAAAUUUUUGUUUGUCAACAAUUAAUUCCUCAUAAAUAUUAUAAAUUCUCCUUUUUUUCUCACAAUCUUUUUAUUCUUUCUUUUUCUAAAUCUUCCUCUUCUUCAUCUAUUAUUUGCCAAUUCUUCCGUAAAAAAUGACAUUUUGAUGUGAACGUGUUACUAAACUCAUACGGGAUUCUAUAAAUUCACACUGCCAGUUUUUCUGAACAUAUCAUCGGUUGCAAACCGACUAGGUAUAUGUGGAUUCAACAUCAAACGUUCGAAGUUCGUACACGGCACGCACACGGAACAAUAUAAAUAGGCCCGAUUACUCUUCGAUUGUACUAAUCUGUGCAAAUUGCGAUAUCGUGUAUUGAAUUUAAAAUGCAAUUUGGUUUUUUUUAAAUUAAAACGUUACAUUAACACGCAGUGUUAUUUUAGUGAUGCAGACAAAGCUGUGUGUAAAACGAUGUAGGUAUAAUUUGAGCGUGUCGUUAAAUUAUGAAAUAACGUAGAAUAACAAUAGUCGAGUCCUCCAACUAAAAUAUCAAAUAACGAUUUUGGUUUAGGUAACGAUAAAAAAUACAAUAAUAUCCAAUAUAAAUAAUUUAAAACAUUACAAUACGCGAGUAUACUUAGUAUGAAAAGGAAUCGAUCAUUUUGGAUGAUCCGAUAGUAAGAGGAUUUUAAAUUUGAUAAAUAUCGAAAUUUUUUUCUCGGAUCGAUCUCUGUCGAAAAGGCAGGCACUGAGGUGUUGCUACAUACAUAGUUGGCGAAAAACUUCCCCUGAAUUGAUGUCUUUAAAAAUCUCAGAUACAUUACGCUCGCGUUUAAAUUUGCGCACAUCGCGAGCGUGUGAGAGCAAGUAUCUACUAAAUAUCUUCUCACUAUAUGAUUGACGUCGUGCUCACAGUCUACAUCUGUUUUAGAGAGCGUAAGAGAGCUGACUUAUCAAACACCAAAUGCAUUUUUAUAUAGGAAUACGUAGUACAAACAAAGUAUCGAUAAAAUAGGAGACACAGUCUCGCGGCUGUAUAAAUAUAAAACACGAAGAAUAAUUUAUUAUAUCGUUACGCUCUCAAUUAUUAACUGGUAAAAUAGUUCUGUCGCACUUCUGUCGCGCGGAGCGAUCGUCUGAACGUUCGUGGUGAGCUCACCGGUGCGAUAGCGCGCGUUCUGCGUAGCGAACGGAAUUGAGACUGAGACGGUAUAAGUAUUUUUAAUUGUGUCGUUAAAACUUGUUAUUUAUGCAAGAAAUUUAUAUCAGAGUGAGAACUAGUCUCACUCUUAUUUGUUUUUGUGAACAAAUAUCGCUGACUCAUGUAUAAGCGUAUAAACGUACAAACCAUUAUACAUAUGUAUAUUUCUUUCUCUCUCACACAUGUUUAACAUUGUCGUGAAAUAACAAUUUUACA